CCCGGGGCUGGAUAUCAGGGUUCCCCGGGCUGGAGGUCUGGGUUCCCGCGGCUAGAGGUGGGGUUGAGCUCAUGGGAACCCUAGAUCUGAGAGAGGAAGGACUGGGGUACCCGCUGGGUCUGACAGGCCACCUCAAGGGGCAGAAGCCCCCUCUUGGCACCAUGAGCUCAACCACUGGUCCAGAAGCUGCCCCCAAACCAAGUGCUAAGUCUAUCUAUGAGCAGCGGAAGCGAUACUCCACAUUGGUGAUGGCUGACGUAUCCCAGUACCCGGUCAAUCACCUGGUGACCUUCUGCCUGGGCGAGGAGGACGGCGUGCACACGGUGGAGGACGCGUCCCGCAGGCUGGCGGCCAUGGACGGCCAAGGCCGCGUGUGGGCCCAGGAGAUGCUGCUGCGCGUGUCGCCCGGCCACGUGGCGCUGCUGGACCCGGUGACCAAGGAGGAGCUGGAGGCGUACCCGCUGGGCGCCAUCGUGCGGUGCGAUGCGGUGACGCUGCCCGGCCGCUCGCGCUCGCUGCUGCUGCUGGUGGUGAACCCGGAGCCCGAGCGCGCGCAGCCCGACGUGCACUUCUUCCAGGGCCUGCGGCUGGGGGCGGAGCUGAUCCGCGAGGACAUCCAGGGGGCCCUGCACAGCUUCCGCUCGGGCCGCGGGGACCGCAGGGAGGCGGCGCUCAGGGCCACGCAGGAGGAGCUGCAGCGCCGCCCCGCGCCCGCAGAGACCCCGCCCCUGCAGCGCCGCCCGUCGGUGCGCGCCGCCAUCUGUCCCCAGCGGGGCGCGGGGCGCGGGCGCCCCCUGGCGGAGCCCAUCCCCGAGGCGCCGAGGGUCCCCGCCGACCCCUCCCCGGCCUCCCCGGACCUGGGGCCCCGCGGCCCGGACCUGGCGGGCCUGCAGGCCGAGCGCGAAGUGGACAUCCUGAACCACGUGUUCGACGACGUGGAGAACUUCGUGUCGAGGCUGCAGAAGUCGGCGGAGGCGGCCCGGGUGCUGGAGCACCGAGAGCGCGGCCGCAGGACCCGCCGCCGAGGGGGCGGGGAGGGUCUCCUGACGCUGCGGGCCAAGCCGCCCUCGGAGGCCGAGUACACCGACAUACUGCAGAAGAUCAAAUACGCCUUCAGCCUGCUGGCCCGGCUGCGCAGCAACAUCGCCAACCCCUCCUCCCCGGAGCUGCUGCACUUCCUGUUCGGGCCUCUGCAGAUGAUCGUGGACACGUCGGGCGGCCCCCAGUUUGCCAGCGGCGUGCGGCGGCCGCAUCUGACCUGCGAGGCGGUGGCGCUGCUGCGGGACAACCUGACCCCGCGGGAGAGCGCGCUCUGGACCUCCUUGGGAGACGCGUGGACGCGCCCGGGGGUGGAGCUGCCCCCGGAGGAGGGUCCCUCCUACAGCCCCGAGUUUCUCAGUGGCUGGGAGCCGCCGGCCACUGACCCACAGGGCCGCGCAUGGGAAGACCCCGUGGAGAAGCAGCUGCAGCACGAGCGCCGGCGCCGGCAGCAAAGUGCUCCCCAGGCCGCUGUCAAUGGCCACCAAGACCCUGAGACAGAGGCCGAGCCCCAGCCAGAGCAGGAGUCUGCAAGGAAGUGGGUCCUGUGCAAUUACGAUUUCCAGGCGCGCAAUAGCAGUGAGCUGUCGGUCAAGCAGGAGGACGUGCUGGAGGUCCUGGAUGAUCAACGCAAGUGGUGGAAGGUGCGGGACCAGCUGGGGCAGGAGGGCUACGUCCCUUACAACAUCCUGACGCCACACCCAGGGCCCACGGGAGGCCGCAGCCAAAGCCCGGCCUGCAACCUGGAGAGCCGCGCAGCCCCGGCCGCGGCCCGGCCCCGCUGGGACAGCUGUGACAGCCUCAACACCUUGGAUCCUGGCGAGAAGGAGAAGUUCUGCCAGAUGUUGAGCAUCAGCGAGGAGCUUCAGGCACGCCUGGCGCAGGGCCGCGCGGGCCCCAGCCGCUCGGGCCCCGGGCCCCGGGCCCCGGAGCCGCAGCUCAGCCCGCGCUCGGACGCCUCGGAGGUCCGCGCCUGGCUGCAGGCCAAGGGCUUCGGCCCAGGGACCUUGGCGGCGCUGGGCGUGCUGACCGGGGCGCAGCUCUUCGCGCUGCAGAAGGAGGAGCUGCGGGCGGUGAGCCCCGAGGAGGGGUCGCGCGUUUACAGCCAGGUCGCGGUGCAGCGCGCGCUGCUGGAGGACAAGGAGAAAGUGUCGGAACUGGAGGCGGUGAUGGAGAAGCAGAAGAAGAAGGUGGAAGAGGAAAUGGAGAUGGAGGUCAUCUGAGCCUGCCUGCGGGGGGCUGCCCCGGGCCCUGGGACGUGGAGCCGCCAUGACACCACCCUGGCCCUGCAGAUGAAGGGGACCGGUGCUCCGGGACGCACUGGCAGGAGCCAGGAGGGUGUGGGGGCCAGAGACAAUUCAGGGAAGGCACAUGUUGGCGACUGCGGAGAGAAAGCCCUGUGCACCUGUGCGUGGGACCCUGCCCAACCUAUAAACAGCCUCUUCUCA